AUGGAAUGCAAAAGAGGCUUUUUUGAUAUGCGCAAGCGGAUGAGAGGAAACGCUCCAUUGUCUACAGGUAAGUAUGACGAGACUUACGAAGCUUUGUCGUCUGGAAACUUCAACGCACAUGAGGAGAUGCAGAAGCUCGAGAUGUUGAACCUGAACUUGGCCAAACAACGGGAGAUCAACGAGGAGAAAAACGCAAAAUAG